CUCUCUCUCUCUCUCUGUGCGUGUUAGACUAGCUACAACCACACCAUCUUCCUCCUCCACCUACGCCACCGCCGAUCACCGCCACAGACGGCGGCGCAGCCAGUUUCUCAAGAAAAAGCUCCCAAUUAAACCCCACCUCAUGGGGAAUUGCAACGCGUGCAUGAGGCCUUUGGAGCCGGAGCCCCUGACCCCCAAAUCCGAAACAAUCCCCAAACCCCGCAAAAAACCCCGCGACCGCCGCCCCAACCCCUUCGCCCAGUCCCUCGCCGCGAACCGCGUGCUCAAGGACCUCGCCCCCCAGGCCAGGAUCUCUGACAAGUACACGCUCGGCCGCGAGCUCGGCCGCGGCGAGUUCGGGGUCACCUACCUCUGCACCGACCGGGAGACACGCGAGGCCCUCGCGUGCAAGUCGAUCUCGAAGAAGAAGCUCCGGACGGCGGUGGACAUCGAGGACGUCCGGCGCGAGGUGGCGAUCCUGUCGAGCCUGCCGGAGCACGCCAACAUCGUGAGGCUGCGGGCCACGUACGAGGACGAGGAGGCGGUGCACCUGGUGAUGGAGCUCUGCGAGGGCGGGGAGCUGUUCGACAGGAUAGUGGCGCGUGGGCACUACAGCGAGCGAGCGGCGGCGGGUGUGGCGAGGACGAUUGCGGAGGUGGUGAGGAUGUGCCACCAGCACGGGGUUGUGCACAGGGAUCUGAAGCCGGAAAACUUCCUCUUCGCGAAUAAGAAGGAGAAUUCGCCGCUCAAGGUCAUCGAUUUUGGGUUGUCGGUGUUUUUCAAGCCUGGUGAAAAGUUCUCAGAGAUUGUGGGGAGUCCAUACUAUAUGGCACCAGAGGUUUUGAAGAGAAAUUAUGGGCCUGAAGUUGAUGUUUGGAGUGCUGGGGUGAUUCUCUAUAUCUUGUUAUGUGGUGUUCCACCAUUUUGGGCUGAAACUGAACAAGGAGUUGCACUUGCAAUUUUAAGAGGAGUGAUUGAUUUUAAGAGGGAACCAUGGCCACAGGUUUCUGAAAGUGCCAAAAGCCUUGUUAGGCAAAUGCUGGAGCAAGACCCCCAAAAGCGUUUGACAGCUCAGCAGGUGCUGGAGCAUCCAUGGAUUCAAAAUGCUAAAAAGGCUUCAAAUGUUCCACUGGGAGAUAUCGUGAGGGCAAGACUCAAGCAGUUUUCUGUCAUGAACAAAUUCAAGAAGAAAGCAUUGAGGGUAAUUGCUGAACAUUUAUCCGUUCAAGAGGUUGAAGUAAUUAGAGAUAUGUUUACGUUGAUGGAUACCGACGAGGAUGGAAAGGUAUCAUAUGAGGAGUUAAGAGCUGGUCUGAAGAAAGUCGGUUCCCAGCUGGCGGAACCUGAGAUUAAGUUACUGAUGGAUGUGGCUGAUGUAGACGGCAAUGGUGUUCUGGAUUAUGGGGAGUUUGUGGCAGUCACUAUCCAUUUACAGAGGAUGGAGAAUGACGAACAUAUCCACCGAGCAUUUAUGUUCUUUGACAAAGAUGAAAGUGGGUACAUCGAGCUCGAUGAAUUAAGAGAAGCUUUAGUCGAUGAAUCGGGCGAAACUGAUCUUGAUGUGCUCAAUAACAUCAUGCAGGAAGUUGAUACUGAUAAGGAUGGGAGAAUUAGUUACGAAGAGUUUGUUGCAAUGAUGAAAACUGGGACUGACUGGAGAAAGGCAUCCCGACAGUACUCUAGAGAGAGAUUCAAGAGCUUGAGCGUUAACUUGAUGAAAGAUGGCUCCCUACAGCUCCAGGAUGGAUUUACAGGCCAAACUGUCAUAGUUUAGAAGUUGUCAUAUCCAUCGAUACACUUUAUUCUUUUACCUUAAAUCUUCCGGUAAUCAGUUUGAAUCUCCACAGUCAUCCUAGAAUACCUGAUAUUAAUUGCUUCUUCAGUGAAGAAAGUGAGGAGUGUUGUUAAUGUUUGUGUGGUAACCUCAUGUGUAAUUUUUUUUGUGAGUGUCUGUAUAUGUCCCUUACCUGAAUACAGAAAUUCAUGAUUUGAAAUGUGAAAAUCUGCAGAAUGAUUCAUAUUUUUUUAUUGUUCUUUUCCAAUGGGUAACUGCAGAAAGAAGCUGUAUAUUACAGCUCAAGAGUUCAUUAUUUGCACAGAAACAUAUAUUUUUGUCUAGGUUUUUCUUUAUCUUCCAUCUCCACUUCCCUUGUACCUGUACCACCUUGCACACACCACAAAGUACACGAAAUUCAACCCGCACAAAACCGCGACAAGGUAAUAAAAAUAGUCGAGCCUCCCCUUGUUCAGAUCCUGCGGCAGCCACUUACCGCCCGUCGUCCGGUGAACCACCGCCAUCAACAGGCUGUACACAUAGCUCGAAACCGCGCUCCCGCAGAAGAAAAAAGCCCCCGCCACACUCUUCAUAUUCUCAGGAAACUCCUUGUAGUAGAAUUCGAGCUGCCCAAUCGCGUUAAAACCCUCGGCCAACCCACCGAGCCCUAGCUGCGGGACGAGCCACAUGGCUGACAUAGACGAGGUGGGCCCCACGGCCAUUGACCGUCUCCGGGCCUCGACGAAACCCCCGACGAGUGAUUCGAUCACCGUGAGGAAUAUUCCGGCGCCCAUUCGCCGGAGGACGGUGAUUCCGGUGGGGACGCCGGUGAAGCGGCGGGCGAGGGGGACGAGGAGGCGGUCGUAGAGGGGGACCCACAGGGAGAGGCCGAGCAUGGGGAAGACGACGUACGAGGCGGCCGGAAUCUGGAAUUUGGUUGCGGGGAGGCGGCGGUCGGAUUGGAGGGCCUGAAAGACGACGUACUGCUGCUGGACUCCGAUGUGGUAGAGUACGGAGGUGAGGGAGAUGGGGAUGACUCGGAGGAUGCACUUGGCCUCUUCGAUUUGUUGGCUCGAGCAGAGGCUCCACGGGUCAGCGGGUGACCCGUCCGGGUUGACCCGGUCGUUGGGUGUGGCCACUGCAGCUUUGUCCAAGAAGCUGAACUGCUGUGUGUAUGGCAGCCUAGAAUUGAUAGACUUUGGUGGCACAUAAUUGAACAAAUCAAUCCAUGGCUCCUUUGGCAGCUCCAACUUCCUCUUCUUAAAAGCCACAACCAUCACUUGAACCAAGCUCGUAAUCGGGCUUCCCUCGGGCCUCACCAUCACGUAUAUCUUCGUCCCCGCGAAAAACAGAAAACACGACAUCAGCAUGAAAACCGUGGGAAUGCCUAAACCGAUCGACCAGCUCACGUUCGACUGCACGUACACGACUAACGUUAGAGACACGAUCUGCGCAAAAGUGAUGGUAAAGUAGUACCAAUUGAAGAAGCU